AAAAAGAAAGCCAGCCGUAGCAGGCAGGACGCGACGUCCAGCCGUCACCGCCUGCGACGAAUCCAGCCGUAGCACUACGCGCAGCGACGCGACGAAUCCAGCCGUAGCACUACGCGCAGCGACCAUGAGCGACGCGCAGCGGCCGUCGGACGAGACCACGCACACGCCGCUGGCGACGCACAAGAUCGAGCUCGGCGACGUGCGGCUCACGCCGCCGUCCUCGCCGCGCGGCCGGCCAAUGAGCCCGUUGACGCCCAACACGCCCGGCGUGUCGUCGUUCAACCGCGAGGUCGACGCGUUCCUCGACAAGCACGAGGAGCGGCUCAAGCGGCACCGCGGCGCCCGCUUCUAUUGCGUCUGGGCGACGGUCUUAUGGGCCGCGACGAUGGCCGCGCUCGGCGCCUUCUUCGUCCACAGUGAUCGCACCACCCACUCGUGCGCGACGACGGCGGCGCCGCGGCGCGCCGCGCUCCCGCGGCGCGACGCGACGCUGACGAAAUUCGCCUGGGGCUCGUGCGCGGACCAGAUGGGCCCGCAGCCCUACUGGGACGCCGUCCACCGCUACGGGCCCGAUCUGCUCAUCUUAGCCGGCGACAACGUCUACGGCGACUGCGAAACGCCCGGCUGCCCCGAGCUCGCGUUCGCCUACCGGAAUCUCACGACGAAGCCUUCGUUCGUCGGCGCCGCGGCGGCCAUCCCCAUGGUCUUCGCCUGGGACGACCACGACUUCGGGCUCAACGACGGCGGCGCGGCGAACCCCUAUCUCGCGCACGCCAAGGAGCUGUUCCUGUCCUUCGUCGAGGCGGGCCCGCGCGACGAGCGGCGGUCGCGGCCGGGGACCUACACGUCCUACGCGUUCGGCGCGGGCGACCGGCGCGUCCAGAUCGUCAUCCUCGACACGCGGUCCUUCCGGUCCGACUUCUCGUUGGAUUCGAACGCGACGAACGCGACGGGGCCCUACGCGCCGCGACCCGACGGGUUCAUGCUCGGCGACCUCCAGUGGCAGUGGUUGGAAGACCGGCUCCGCGAGCCCGCGGCGCUCCGGCUGCUCGUGUCGUCGAUCCAGAUCGUCGCCGACGGCCACGCCUUCGAGUGCUGGCGCAUGAUCCCCCGGGAGCGCGAGAGGCUCUACGCCGUCCUCGCCGCGCGGCGCGGCGGCGCGGUGAUCGGCCUGUCGGGCGAUCGGCACAAGGGCGGCGCCUACCGCACGCUCGACGGGUUCCGCGAGUUCACGGCGAGCUCCUUCACGCACACGACGCCCUGCGACCGCGACCCGCGGGCCGUGGAGUGCGAGGACGAGGACGAGCCGGGGCCGCACCGGCUCGGGCCCAUGGUCCACGUGAACCACUUCGGCACCGUGGACGUCGACUGGGACCGUCGCGUCGCGUCCGUCGCGCUGCGCCGCGCGGAGACGGAGCAGGGCAACGGCCACCUGAGCGUCUUCGACGACGUCGCGCGGAACUCGACGUGGUGCGCGGGCUGCGCGCUCCAGCGGUACGACGUGCCCUUCGACUAAAUUACGGCGUCGA